UUUGAGCAAACACACACAACUCUGCUUCUUAACAGGAAUUUCAACCCCAGUUAAAAGACGGAGGGGGAGGGACUUUUUUGGGGUGGAGCGCCAAACAUCAGAAGGGGGUUUUCCGUAUUUUGGAAUCAGUGCAAAUAGGGGAUCUAGUUAAAAAGAAGAAUGAAGUUGUUGUUUGUGCUCCUGCUUCUAAGCAUGUCUGUGGGGGUGAGAGGUGCUGCAUCUGUGGCAGAUGAUCCAAGACCAGAGAAAACAGAAAAGACCAAAGUUUCUGCAGAGCCCGGCUCGUCUGCAGCUUUUUCCGGUAAACUGCUGGUGGUGCCCAUGGAUGGGAGCCACUGGGUGGGCAUCAAAGCCAUUGCACAGGAACUGGGUCGUAGAGGACACAGAGUUACCGUGGUGAUCCCAGAGGUCAGCAUGCGUAUGGGCCCAGGGAAACACUACGACACUCUGACUCAUCCGGUUCCCUAUGGACAGGCUGACAUUGAUGUUAUGGUGUCCAUGCAUGGGAGCAUGGUCAGAUCUGAUGGACCUUUCAUGGAGAGGAUGAAGACUAAAUUCCACCAUAUCAAGAGAGUUAUAGAUUUCAUUCAUGUCACAGCAGAGAGCCUCCUCUUCAAUGACAGCUUCAUCUCUUAUCUGGAACAACAAGAAUUUGAUGCUGUUCUGACGGACCCAGUUAUACCGUCAGGCUCACUAAUAGCACGGAAAUUAGGUCUCCCCACCAUUAAUCUGCUGAGAGGGAUCCCUUGCUCCUUAGACAUGAAAGCUGCAGGCUGCCCUUCUCCUCCAUCAUUUGUACCUCGUUUUUUUACGGGCCUCUCAGACAGAAUGAACUUCAAGGAGAGACUUAUCAACACUCUGGUGGCUUUAUUAGAACCUCUGUUCUGUCGACUGCUGUUCUGGCGCUUCAACAACAUAGCUCAUAAGUUCUUGAAAGAAGAGGUGAGCGUGGCAGAAGUUCUGUCAGAAUCCGACAUCUGGCUCCUCAGGAUAGAUUUUACCCUGGAGUUCCCUCGGCCUCUCAUGCCGAAUAUGAUAUUGGUUGGUGGAAUCAACUGUGAUCUGAGAAAACCCCUUCCACAAGAUCUGGAGCAGUGGGUGUCAGGACGCCACGGGUUUAUUGUCUUCACUCUGGGCUCCAUGAUACCAGAUAUGCCAGAAGAGAUUACCUCAGUCUUUAUAGAGGCCUUCAGACAGAUCCCACAGACGGUUAUAUGGAGGUACGCUGGGAAGGUUCCUGACAACAUUCCCAAAAAUGUGAAGUUGAUGAAAUGGGUUCCUCAGAAUGACCUGCUUGCACAUCCUGGAGCUCGAGCUUUCAUCACUCACGCUGGUUCUCAUGGUACCUUUGAGGGUUUGUGUCACGCUGUCCCCAUGUUGAUGUUUCCAAUCGCGGGCGACCAGCCUGAUAAUGCAGCAAAGAUGGCCAACAGAGGAGUAGGAGUUGUGCUGGACAUCAGCACUGUGACCACUGAAGGCCUCCUUCAGGGGCUGAACGAGCUCAUCAAUAAUACCAGGUACAAGGAGAACAUCCAGAGGCUGUCGGCUCUUCAUAAAGAUCGUCCAGUUGACCCACUUGGGCUUUCAUCUUUCUGGACUGAGUUUGUUAUGAGACACAAAGGAACAAAGCACCUCAAAGCUGCUGUGCACGACCUCAACUGGAUCCAGUACUACUGCCUGGAUGUGGCAGCACUACUAGCUGCCAUUGUGCUGCUUUUUGUAAUCCUGACAGUCAAAUGCAUGAAGCUGUGCUUACAGAAGCUGGGUAAGAAGAAAAAACAGGACUAGCAUUGAGUUUUUGGGAAGUUAAUGACUGAGAUAAUUAUCAAAGUAGCAUAGAAUACAUAAGGGAUAAUGCCUGACAGAUCGCUCAUUAUUAGAAAUUAAUGCACGCCGUGGAACCCUAAACCAUUCGACACUCCGGGAAGUGCGUUAAUUUCUGAUAAUGCACAGUACGAAGGCCAUUAUCCCGCUUCUACCAUACUCUCUUCCAAAAGAAAUAAAUAUUCAGUCAGUGUUUUGUACUUUAUUCAUGUCAUGUUUUCCCAAUUAAAUCACUUUUUCACAAAAAGCAGACUAUUUGAGACGUGGUUUGGGGCUUUGUCAUGGAAACAGCUGAGCUGAUCUCGACUACAGCGGCAAAGGAAAGCAAUAUAUAUACUGUAUGUUGAUCGUCACGAUAAGUAAUAAUAAAGCAGCAGGUCAGAGAGAAA